AUGGGUAAUGUCAAUGGGUUUCCCCCGAUUUUAGGGGUAUUCUACGCUAUUUUCCAUCCAACUCAAGGGUCGAAAGUUGUAUGCCAAAUUCCAGACGGGUCAGUUAUUCCAACAAGUACCGUAGAGGUUGAGGAGCCAUUGCUGCCCUUUGACCUGCUCAAGAACUACCUUAUCCCAAAAAGCUCGUUGUGUAACCGGCUCGUGGGCAUAAAAUAUAAGGAAAAGUAUAUUAUGGGGUACCCUGUGAACAUAAUUGGACAAGAUUACGAACGCAACUCGUUUACAUUCAAUUUUGUUUUCAUUUUCCCUUCUGCUGAAGGCGUGGGACCGUAUGAAGUUGCUAUCCAGCGGCUGGCCAAGAUGUUUACUGCUUUGGAGCAUCAAUCGCGGUUCCUGUCGAAUCCACAUAAUGUUUAUCGGAUUGAUAGUAUUCUUGAGCAGAUGUUCCAAGAUCUGAAUAACUACUCAGAGUGCCAGAUCCCAAUUGAUGAAGCAAAUCGUGUAAACAUCAAGCUUUUUCCUGUUUUAGAGCCUCCGCCUAAUAUUGAAGGUCACCAUGUGCCUAUUCCUACUGUCCAGUUGAGUGAUCUCCGCGACGAAUCGUGGGACCCAACAAUGGAUCGGAUUAUUCCUUACAUCAAUGGUAUCAACAGUGUCCGGCGUAUAUCUGAUAUGGCGGAGGCGGAUUUUUCUUUCACUAAAGAGUGUAUUCAGUAUUUGAUUCACUACGACUGUGUUAUUUUGAUCGGAAUCGUUCAAUUCUCCAACAUCUAUGCGUGCUCUCCUAACGUGCGUAAUAUCGCAACAGAUGCAAGCAUGUAUCGCGAGUUAUGCGGGUUCAUUUAUCAAAAAACCCUAAGUAACAAUCGCCGGUCAAGCAACUCCCAAAGCUCGGUACCUUCUGAUGGUGAUCACGUUUCGACGCCGCUUUCUGCAUCGUCUAUUCCGGGGUAUACCUUACAAUUGUCUCCAGCAGAGGUGUUGAAGCUGUAUUGUUCUUUGAGACAAGGCGUGAACUUGUGUACUUGGUACACAGAGCAUGCUGAGCUAUUUCGAAAUAUUGACUUGCGCAGAUUUUUGACGUUUGGGGUUAUCAAAGAACUUAUUCACAGAGUCCAUGCGUUCCAGAUAUACGAGCCGUGGAUAUUAGCCGCGCGGCUAGGCAAGUCGUACCACGUUCCUGGUGAUUUUGUCAUUCGAAGAGCUUUGGAAGAAAACGACAUACAAGAAACAUUGGAUGGUAUUGAUGCUGUGCGUAAAUGUUUCAGGGUACCAUGCAGUGUAGACGCGCUGUGCUCUGAUUUACGAGCUCCGCGUGCUAAAGUUGUCAAACUACUGCGAGGACUGGGUGAAUUCACCAUCAUCAAUCGCUAG